AUGGAAGAUUUCGAUAAAAAAAACAAAGAUAUUAUUCCAUAAGAGAACUAAGGGCUUGAAGCAUAUUUAUUAUAAAUAAAAUUAAUAUCAUUUAAUGUAUUAUUUGUAUUAUUAAAAGAAGAAGAAGGCGAAAGUGUUUUAGUAAUAAUAAAAAUAAAAUAUAUAUAUAUACAUAAUUAUAUAUAUUAAAAAUCAAUAAAGAACGUUUAUUUUGCCACAGCUAUGGAUUAUUUAUAAAUGCACUCUUUUCCGUUCCACUAGAAAAUAACCCAUAUAUGGAAAGCAACUGAAUUUUUGCAAAUAAUAUUUGAUUUUUUUGAUUUAUUUGAUUUAAAUAAAUAUUUGCCUCGAAUAAACUAUGAUAUAUUUAUCACAUCAGUAUAUUUUUUAGAUUUAAUAAUAUUAUUAAUUAUUCUCGAUAUAAUAUUCGUUUCUUAUAGUUUUUCGAAAAAAAAAUUCUCUACAACCUGGCCUUUAUCUAUUCUCCGUUCAGUUGCCUCUUUAUUAGUAACAGUCUUUUUUUUACCUAUAACAGAAACCUUAGUAUCUGUAAUAUAAUGCUCAGUAAACGAAAAUGGCAUUUUAACAUUAGAUUCUUUCCCCGAAAUCGAAUGUUGGGUUGGUUGGCAUCUUUUUCAUGCCCUAAUAUCUUCCAUUUUUAAUCUUUUAUUUAUGCUUCUAAGUACUAUAGUAGCCUUGACAUAUUUUCAGCCAAAACAAACUAGCGAAGAUAGAACUGCUAGGUAAGAUUCGAAAGGUGAAGUGGCCUUUAUUUUAAAUAAAGUACUUUGCUAAAUCCUAUUUUCCUUUAUUCCUCAAGGAAAUGACUGGUUUUUAGUACUUUUAGUAUUUUCAUUAAGUUUAGCCUUACAUUGGGUUUAUAAUAUGGAAGAUCCUUAUUAUGAUCAAGAGGUAGGCCUUUUUUAUAAAAUUGUGACUACUUACUAUCUAUGGACUAAUACGAAUUUACUCACUAGUUAAAUUUUAUAAGGAAUGUAGUUUAACGGGGGACUUAUUUCAUGGCUUAUUGGACUUCCGUUUAUAGUGAUGAUUAUGCUCACUACUAAAAAAAGUCGAAUAGACACUUUAAUAAGAAGUUAAAUGAAAUUCAGAUCGGGGGAAUAAAUUUAAGGACAUUUAAGAUAUGUACUUUAAUUAAUUGAGGAUUAAAAAAAAGACAAAAAUGCAUAUAUGUUACUUAUUGGUUAUGUUGAAAAACAUAAAGAAACCUGCCAGGAAGAAGACUGUCCUUUAAAAUAAAAAAGAUCAAAAAAAAGAAACUAAUAAGAAACUGAAAUGGAAGAAACUUGCCGAAAUCUAAUUAAGGAAAUUGAUAGAAUUUUUUAAAAUGGACUCAAGAAAUUUCCUAAUUGUACUAAAUUGAGAAUUUCUUACGCUUUUUUUCUAAUGGAAAGGUUUAAAAAUAAAAGGGAAAAAUCUUUCUAAUAAUUUAAAAUCGCGGAAAAAACAAAGCCUUCGUUUGAUGAAUAAUUCAUUAUAUAUAGAUAUAAGAAAAUCCUAAAUGAAAAUCUGGAUUAAAUAAAUGAAAACGAUGAUGAAGGUGAAAACGAUAUCGUAAAAAUAAUCGCGUUUGAUUCCCAUAUAUAAUAAUGUGAAGAAUAUAUGAAAUUAUCUGCACAAAUGCAUAAGGAAUUUUGGGCAGAAUUAAAAGAGGAAAAUCCUGCUCUUUUUAAAUUAAAUAUAAUAGGAAGUAAAAUAUCAUAGGCUGUCCAUGAGGCGAAAUCACAUUAUCAUGAUAUGUAGAAAAUAAACAACAAAAUACCUUAAACAAUAAAGACUUUUGGAAAAUACCUUAUAUACGUACUCAAUGAUAGGGAAAAUGGGGAAAUUUUAAUCGAAAAAGCUAAAAAUUUAGCAUAAUUAGAUGAAAAUAAUGAAGAUAAAGUCGAAAAAAUACUCGAUUUUAAAAACGAGCCGAUUGCUUAUUCUUUGGUUAAAAAUAAAAAGGGUGAAGUAGGCUAAAUUGAGAAUGUUAAUUUAAUUUUUUCGGUACUCUUUGGAUAUUAGAAAGAGGAAAUUUAAGGGAAGCAAAUUUAAUUGAUUAUACCUAAUCUAUAUAGUGAAAUUCAUCAGUAGUUUAUGUAAAGAUAUUUUGAGAAUGUCUCCUUGGGAAUAUUUGACUCGAAUUAUAUUAAUGAGGAUUAAUAAAAGUUUGGGAGGAGUAAAAAUGGCUAUCUUGUGGCACUUUUUUAUAGAGUAAGUAUACUUACAGAUGAUGCCUAGACCUUUUUAGUUAAUUAUAAUGCGGAUACUUCGAUAAAAUAGACUUGUUAUAUCCUCACGGAUAAAUUUGGGUUGAUAAUGGAUAUUUCUACGUCAGUUAUUCUUUUUUUCGGAAUAGAAAUAGCCCAUGUGAAGAAUAAAUAAAUUUUAAUCGAAACUAUAGUUUCUGAUUGGUAAAGUGAGAAAAAAUACUUUGAGAAAAACGGGAAAGAUUUCCUAUACACAUAAACGAACUAAGAAGGAAAUCCUUAAUAAACAGCAUAUAAUUGCUAAAUAUAAAACCUGAAAAUAGACAUGGAAUUAUUAGAAAAUAAUGGGGAUGAAAAUACUAUUUUAGAUGAGAGUCAAUAUAAAAAAGAAAUUAUAGGAUAUCAAUUUAAAAUAGAAAAAACGGAAAAAUCUAGUAUGUAAUAAACAGUCUUUUUUUCCAGAUAAAUUACUAGUUCUAAUAAUAGCAAAAAAAUUAAUAAAAAUAGACUUUCAAGCGAUAAAAAUAAUAAUGGAUUUUUCUCUAAAUUAUCUUUAGAAGAUAAUAAUAAUUAAUUCUUAGAUAAUAAUCGUAAGUCUUUAUUUGUUGAUCCGGAUAAUAUUUUGAAUUGCAAAAAUGAUAAUUUAACUAAAUUUGUGCUUGAUUUAUAUAAAAUAUAAUAAGAUUUUUAAUAAAGUCAAUUCGAGUCUUUUGGGAACUCUUAGAAUUCUGUUGAUUAGGAAGAUGUUUUUAAUAUAAAUCAAUUUAAGGACUACGGGAAAGGCAUUAGGCUUAAAAGAUUAUAUAAUAAUAGAUUAGAAAAUAUUAUCGAAGACGACGAUAAAGAAGAGAUAACGGAAGAUGAAGAAAAUAGCGUAUUUAAAAAUUAAAUAGGGGAUAAAUACGAAGAUGCGGAAGAUUAUCAUAUUUUUAAUUAAUCUAAUUCUACAGAAGUAAUUAGGAAAGCCCUAAAUACAUAACAUGAUCAUUAAUUAAUAAGCGCUUUUAUUUAUUUGUCGCUUUUUUGGACAAUAAUAAUAAUUGGAUUAUCCCUUUUUAUGUAUUUCUUUAGUGUUUCAAGAAUGGAUAGUUAUAAAUUAGGAAUAGAUAUAAUAUAAAGGAUAAACUCAAGAAUUUUCGAAAUGAAUAAACUGGUUUCUUAAAUUAUAAAUAAAGCAAAUAUUUCUAUGGAAAAAAAUAAAGAAAUGCUUUUAUAAAAAUGGAGUUUAGAAAAAAUAAACGAAAAUAUAAACUAGACUUGUAUGUAAAUUAUUAACUUAAACAAAUAAUUAAAUAACCUUUAAUACGAGGAUUUCUUCGAUAAAUUUAAAGACGAAAAAAUCUAAUUUAAAAUCUACUUUAAUUCCUCAUUUUACAAAACAGAUAGUAUAGAUAUUGCAAAUACUGUAUUUACUUUUGCAAAUAUAGGAAAUUCAUUCGGAAAAGGAAACAUUUUAUAAACUAAUAUAUAUUAAAGUGCUUAAGUAAUUACUUUUUUGGUUAAUUUUUUUAAUUCUAUAUAUAAUAAACUGAUCUAAUAAUCAGAAUAUGCAGCUUCUAAUAUAUUAGAUAAUAUUUAAUAGGUUGAAAUAGAACUUAUUUUAACUUUAAUCGUGACUCUAAUAAUAUGUAUUUUUGCUGUAAUUGUAUUCAUAAUAAUAACUAUUUUAAUAAAAAAUUAAAGGGAAAGUAUACUUUUUUUAUUUCUCGAUAUUCCCUAAAAACAUAUAUAUUAUCUACAUAAACAUUGUGAUAAAUUUCUUUCAAGUUACAUUUCAAUUAGAGAAUAAAUGUAAAAAAGUCAAAAUAAAUAAGAAGGAUUUGACACUUCAGACGAAUCGGAAAACGGGGAAGAAUUCGAAUUAAAAAACUAAUAAAUAAACAUUAAAAAUAAUAAUAAUAAUGAAGAAGAAGACGAUAAUAAUACUUUAGAAAAACAAAUGAAAAAAAGAAAAAAAAUCAUUAAAAAAUAUAAAGCAAAUAAAUAUAAAGGGGCAGAAGGUUAUAUUAUUAGAUAUAUUAUAAUUCUUUUUUUUACAUUAAUUUAUUCUUGUAUCAAUUUUUAUUCUAUUUUUGACUAAAAAGCAACUAUUAAAUUCCUAUGGCCAUAGUAUUAUGAACAUACUUUUAUGUAAAAUACUAUUGCUUAUUAUUUAAAUGUUUAGAAAAUUAUGAUUAUUUAACCAGAUUUUGAUAUUAAUGGAUAAAAAGUUACUAUAUAAGCACUUUCUAAAUUAAAAGAUUUACUAGGAUAUAAUGGAAAACUUAAAGAAUUUAAUUUAUAAUUAUUAUCUACUAUGUAUUAAUUUAGAGUUUAAUAUUUUAAUAUUUUUUAUAAAAACCCAUGUUAAUUUAUUGAAAUUUAAGAUAGAAAUUAAUGCGAGACUAUAAUUGAAGGAAAUAUGAAAAUAGGAAUUAAUAAUGUAAUUUAGCAUUAUUUUAAUAUUUUUAAAAGCAAUAUUAUUGAAUAUUUAGAAAAUAAUAAAUCUUAAAUAUAUAUGCUUUCAAAUAUUUAAUUUAUAGAAUUAGAAAACUCAUUUUAUAGUUAUGUAAGACCGAGUUUUUAAUAUUUAUUAAAUUUUGAAAUUUCUUUUAUUUACGAUAAACUUGAUUCUGCGAAAAGUUUGUAAACUUCAUUAGUUGCAAUAUUUUCUGUUUUAAUGUUUUUUGCCUAUUUAUUGUUUUGGUUACCUAAAAUAAGUAGUUUAAAAACAUAAUUAAAUAGAACAAUAUAAAUGAUAAAUAUGAUGCCUAUUAAUUUAAUUAAAGAAAAUAUUAAUAUAAGAAGAUUUGUAAAAGUUUUAAUUAAAUAAAUGGAUAAAACAUCUUUAAAAUGA